AUGAAGACGAGCUUGAUCGAAACAGUUCUUUUCGGCCUUGCGAUCGGUUCGUACGGCUGGGAGCAUAAAUCCCAUGACUUCCGUCCACCACGGAUAGGCGACAGUCGAUCUCCAUGCCCUGGUCUAAAUGCCUUAGCCAACCACGGCUGGCUCCCUCGUUCGGGGAAAGACAUAGAUCUACCCACGUUCCAAUCCGCCAUAUCUGGCGGCUAUAACUACGAACCCACCACCAUGGACGGGAUUUUCCAGCUGGCAUUGAACCUCAACCUCUCGACCACUGGAAACCAAUCGACCUUCAACCUCUUUGACCUGGCAAGACACGACAAUAUCGAGUUCGAUGGCUCAUUGUCGCGCAAUGACAUCUACUUUGGCGACAACGUGCACUUCGACCCCAUCAUCUGGGCGACCGUUGCUAAGAACCUCAAUCUUUACAGUACUCUGGGCUCUGAGAUGAAUCAAUAUGUUAGCGUCGAGAGCGCGGCUAAAGCCUGUGCAGCACGCGCGGCCGAUGCCAAGAAAGUCAAUCCCAGCUUCAAUUCUUCGGCCAUGCAGGUUAUGGGCAACCCUGGGACAACGGGUCUUUAUUUGGUAACAUUGUGGGAUGAGAAUGCAGGUGCCGCUCCAAAGUCUUGGGUUCGGGCUUUAUUUGGUAUGUUCAGACUUUGCUUUCGAUACUCAACAUACUACGAGACAUCGAUGCUUAUUAUUUGA